UGAAAUCACCAAUCGCUUGAAAUUUUUACGUUACGCGCGUAUUGGGGAACUUUUCAUAACUGAUAUCUUGAGGCUUGAAUUUUUUAAACAUUUAAUUUUUUUCCUUAUUUCAUUAAAAAAUGCACAAAGUCUAUAGAAAAUCAAUACCAAACAUAACAAUCUGUUUUCGUUCUAUAUACAACCAUCCAGAUCUUCCUCCUAAUGAGCCACCUACAAAUUUAAAUGAUCCUGAAAUAAGAAGAAUACUUCAGCUGAAUAUCAAUAAUGUGAAACAAAAUUGUGAAGAUGUACCGAUUGUUAUCGGGGGCAAAGAAUUCAGAAACCACGAUGUCAAGUAUCAAGUUUCGCCUUACGAUCAUCAAAGAAGAAUCGCCAAGUUUUAUUAUGCUGAUGAGAGUCUAAUUGAAAAUGGAAUAGAAAAUGCACUUAUUAACAAAGAUAAAUGGGAAAAUAUGUCUUAUGAUUCAAGAUCACGAAUCAUUCGAAGAGCUUCAAGCUUAAUUGCAACAAAAUACAGAUACAAAUCAUUAGCAAUAUGCAUGGUUGGACAAGCAAAAACUGCACAACAAGCUGAUAUUGAUUGCAUAGCAGAGCUUAUUGAUUUCCUUAGGUUCAAUAUUAGAUAUGGCUCAACAAUAUUGGAAGGGCCACCUUUACAUCAAGUUGAACAUGUUAUAAAUAGUGUAAAAAUGCGUGCACUUGAGGGAUUUGUUGCUGCAAUAAGCCCUUUCAAUUUCUCUGCAAUUGGAGCAAAUCUAGCUUCAGCUCCAGUUUUAAUGGGCAAUGUGGUGUUAUGGAAACCCUCUGAUACAGCUAUAUUAUCAAACUAUCAUUUUUUUAAAGUAUUGCAAGAAGCAGGAUUGCCUGAUGGAGUGAUACAGUUUAUUCCAUCUGAUGGCCCAACUUUUGGUAAAGUGAUUACUAACCAUCCCGAGCUUGCUGGAAUCACAUUUACUGGAAGUUCCAAAACAUUCAAGUCUAUAUGGAAAAGGGUUGGUGAAAAUAUUGACAAGUACAGGACCUUUCCUAAGUUAGUUGGAGAAUGUGGUGGAAAGAAUUUUCAUUUUGUUCACAAAACUGCUGACAUAGAUAGCGUUGUUUAUGGCACAAUUCGUUCUGCAUUUGAAUAUAGUGGUCAAAAGUGUUCUGCAUGUUCAAGAUUGUAUGUUCCUGAUUCUCUAUGGCCAAAGAUUAAAGAAAAAUUAAUUACAGAAAUUUCCAAACUGAAGCUUUCUGCAGCUGAUGAUUUCUCAUCAUUUCUUAGUGCUGUUAUUGAUCAGCAAUCAUUUAAUAAAAUCAAGACAUUCAUAGAUCAUGCAAGAGGAUUGAAGAAUCACACUAUUAUUAUUGGUGGAAAAUGUGAUGACAGCAUUGGGUUUUAUAUUGAACCAACUUUAAUUCAAACAACUGAUCCAAAUUCUAAGUUGCUAAGUGAAGAAAUCUUUGGGCCUGUGUGCACAGUAUAUGUUUAUCCUUCUGAAGAGAUUGAUACCACAUUAGAUUUAGUAAAUUCUACGUCUCCUUAUGGACUAACUGGAUCUAUAUUCUCACAAGAUAGAAUGUUUAUUGACCAUGCCCGAAAAAGAUUGCUUCAUGCAGCAGGCAACUUAUAUAUCAAUGAUCGUUGUACUGGAUCAGUAGUAGCUCAGCAACCAUUUGGUGGCGCCAGAGCUUCUGGCACAAAUGAUAAAGCUGGUAUGGCUACUUAUUUGCAAAAAUGGACGUCUCCUCAAGCUAUUAAAGAAAUGUGCGCUCCUUUGCCUUACUGGUCAUACCCUUAUAUGUCUAAAUGAGUAGAAAUUUGUUUUUAAAAUAUAUUAAGUGCGUGUAUGUAUAUAUGUAUGUAUAUAUAUAUAUAUA